AUGAACUAAAAAUAGCAAAGUGAGCAAAAAAGUAGUAAAAAAACUACAUUUUAAUAAUUCGAACAAACCGAUAAUGAUGAUAAAAAAAAUAUAUAUGAAGACAUAAAUAAUCAAUAUAAAUAAUUAUAUUUAGAAAGAUAAAAAUAAAAAUUAUAAGAAAAGCCAUAAGAAAACCAAUAAGAAUAGAUAUAAGAUAAAGUUAAAGAAAAUCCAUAAAAUAACUAAGUAAAAAGUCCUUUUAAUUUUGAAUUUAAAGAAUAAAAAAGUUAAUUUUAUAUAAAUGGCUUAUGUUAGUACCCAAAAGAAGAAAGAACUCCAUAUAUGAUAAAUUUUAAUGAAAUAUUUUCUAAGAACCCAUUCUAUUAAUUUUUUAAUUAAACUCCUCAAAGGCAAGAAAUAUAAUCUAUUUUUAUGACAACAUACGGAUUUGAAAGCCAAUUAUUAAAACCUAUAAUAGAGUCUGGAAAAUAUGUAAAAAAAAAAAAAAAAAAAUUGAAAAAAAAUAAAUGUACAUUACAUAUAUAGUUUGUUCUUGCAAACGAUAAAAGCUCAGAAGAAAAAAACUUAAAAAAUAUAAUUUAUGAAUAUGAAGGUUUUAAAAACUGGACUUUAAUUCAUCCUCCAAAAGAUGCUAGUGUAAGUUGGGGAGGUGCUUUUCAUCCAAAAUUAUGGUUGAUAAAAUUUAACGAAUUUUUAAGAGUAGUUGUUGGAAGUGGUAAUUUACAUAUUUGUGAUUGGUCUGUAUGGAGUAAUUGUUUAUGGUAUUAAGAUUUUCCUUUGAAAAAAUAAUAAAAUGCUUAAAAAGAAAAAAAUCAAUAAUAAUGGGAUUUCGAAGGGGAUUUUUCAAAUACUUUAAUUGAUAUUGUGAAUAGAAUGAUGCCUGAUAAUGUUAAAUAUUAGAAUUUGCUUAAAAUUGAUUUAGAAGAGUAUGAUUAUAGUGAAGUUAAAAUUAUUUUAUUGAGUAAUGUACCUGGAAGGCAUUUAAAUAUUUAAAAACAUGGGCUUGGAAAAUUAAAUGCAAUUAUAAAUGCUUUUGGAUAGUAAAAUAAAUAAAAAAUUAUUACUUAUGAGAGUUCUACUUUGGGAAACAUAGAUAAUAAAUUUUUAAACGAAUUUUAUAAAAGUGUAAAUUUGGCUUCAUGUGAUUUUCAAAAAAAUAGUAAAGAAAACAUAAAGGAUAUUUAGAAUUAAUUUAAAGUUAUUUUCCCAACUAAAAAGUAUAUAUGUCAAGAUACUUUGUAUGGCAUUGAAUAUGCUAGCCCUGUUAUUUUAAAUGAGAAAUAUUAUUCAAACGAGAAGUUUAUUAAAGAUGUUUUCUAUUAGUUUGAAUGUCCUAAAGGUUACUUUUAUCAUUCAGGAGUUAUUCCUCAUUUAAAAGUUAUGGUCGUAAAUGAUAAAGAAGAUUAGAUUUCGGAUGAUUCUCUUAUAUAUGUUGGAAGCCAUAAUUUUACUGGUGCAGCUUGGGGUCGAUAUGAAAAAAAUUAUUCGCAAAUUUAUUGUAUGAAUACUGAAUUAGGAGUCGUUUAUCCACCUAUUAAAGAUAGUAAAGAUAUUAAAUAAGAAAUAAUAAAUAGCUUAAGUUUUAGUAUAUAUCCUAAUAAAUAUGAAAAAACAACUGUACCUUAUACAAGAAACUUUUAAUGA